UCAGCCACGUUGGAACUGCCAGCUCGGUGUUUUUAUGUGAAAUUAUCACGUGAAGAUGAGGGUGAAGGAAUUGAAGCGGACGGUGAAUGUGGCGUGGUCGCCAGCAGAGCAGUAUCCUGUGUAUUUGGCGGCCGGUUCCGCCGCACAGCAGAUCGACGCUUCUUUUAACUCAAGUUCGCAUCUAGAGCUCUAUUCUCUGAAUUUAGAAGACCCUGGAUAUGAUUUAGAACUCAAAGCUAGCCUACAGACACAGCACAAAUUUCAGAAAAUUGUAUGGUCACCGGCUGGCAUAUUGGUUGGAGGCUGUGAUGGCGGUCUCAUUCAGUUCUAUGGUGUUGACAAAUUGCUCAAUAACACUGGAGAUGCCUUGCUGGGAGGAAUUACUAAACACAGCGGUCACGUAUCAGCUUUAGACGUGAACCCUUACCAGAAAAACCUGAUCGCUUCCGGCGCAUCCGACAGCGAGAUCUUCAUCUGGGAUCUGCACAAAACCUCACAGCCUAUGGCACCUGGCACCAGGAACCAGCCAUAUGAUCAUGUACAGGGACUCGCGUGGAAUCAGCAGGUGCAACACAUUCUUGGGUCCACAUUUGCGACGCGAUGUGUUGUCUGGGAUUUGAGGAAAAACGAACCUAUUAUGAAAUUAAGCGACUCGCAGUCGCGCACGCGCUGGCGGGCGCUGGCGUGGCACCCGGCCGUGGCCACGCAGCUGUGCGUCGCCUCGGAGGACGACCAGGUGCCCGUGCUGCAGCUCUGGGACUUGAGACUGGCCGCGUCUCCCCUAGUAACCCUCGAAGGGCACCAGAAAGGCGCGCUGGCGCUGUCUUGGUGCAAACAGGACCCGGACCUGCUGCUGUCCGCCGGCAAGGACGGCCGCGUGCUCUGCUGGAACCCGAACAACACCAAACCGGGCGGCGAGCUGCUGGCGGAGCUGAGCCAGCAGCAGCAGUGGGUGUUCGACGUGGCGUGGUGCCCGCGCAACCCCGCCCUGCUGGCCACGUCGUCCUUCGACCAGCUGGUGUCGGUGUACUCGCUCUUCGGCGGAUCGAAGCCAGAGACGAGCACGCACAGCCAGAGCAACAUCAUGGACUCGUUCGGCGGCCUGGACUCGUUCAGCGCGCUGCCGGCCGUGGCGCGCGCGCCGCCCGCCGCCGCCGCGCCUGCGCAGCAGCUGCCGCGCGCGCCGCGCUGGCUGCCCGGCCGCCGCUCCGCGCGCUUCGCUUUCGGCGGCAAGCUGGUCACCUUCGAAAAGUGCAGCCCGGAGCCCGGCGCGAGGAGGCUCGUCUACAUCAGUCAGGUAGUGAGCGAACCGGAGAUUAUAGAAAAAGCGACGGAGUUGGACGCAGUCCUGAGUUCAAGUCUCAGUCAAGACCCCAGCGCGACAGAACGACUAGCCGAAUACUGCCGCCAGAAAGGCGACGCGUCGUCAGAUCAAAACGAGCGCUACAUGUGGUUUUUCUUGCGCGCUAACUUCAUGCCGACCUUCCGUAGCGAAGUCCUCAAUCUGUUAGGUUUCAAACAAGACGAGAUCCCGUCGCGUUUCAGAGGUCCGACAGCCGUCGGCGACGCGACUGCUGCGCACUCUGAAUCCGCUGGACUCAGCAGGGGCGAGUCCACCGAGACAGAAGCGGAGCUCUCCACUGACACAAGCACUGACCUAUCGGACGCACAUACCUUAAUCGAGAGAAAAUUAGCCAAUCUAGACUUGAGUCCCUCGGUUUCUAAUGUCGUCAUUCCAAACGGUGAAGAUACAACAAGCUUAAUAUGCCGUGCGUUAGUAUGCGGUAACUUAGAAGAGGCCGUGGAACUCUGUUUGGACGCUAAGCGAAUUGCUGAUGCACUUAUUAUUGCUUCGUUAGGCAGCCAGGAGCUGCUGUACAAGGUGCAGCGGUUCCACCUGAACGCGACGGCUUCCGACGCCGUGAGCCUGGUGGCCGGCAGCCUGCUGCAGUCGCGCUGGGACGCGCUGGUGGCCGCCGUGGCGCCGCGCAGCUGGCGGGACGCGCUGGCCGCGCUCAUCACGCACUGCGACCACGAGGCCGCGGCGCACUACAUCGAAAUGCUGGGCGACCGGCUGGCCGCGGAGGGCGACCCCGCGCUGGGCGAGGCGGCCACCGUGUGCUACCUGUGCGCCAUGAGCCCCGAGGCGCUGCUGGCGCGCUGGCGGGCGCGGCGCGACGACGCGGCCGAGCUGGCGCGUCGGGCCGAGCUGGCGCUGCUGGCGCGCCGCGCCGCCGCCGCCAGGGGACGCCACUUGCAGUCCCUGAGCGGCGUCGAGGCCGUGCUGAACGCGUACGCGUCUCGCCUGGCCGCGCAGGGCUGCCUGCAGAGCGCGCUCAACACCCUGGAGGGCUCACCGCCCUCCGACCUGCGGGACCGGCUGCAGCACGCGCUGGGGCUGGUGCAGCAGCAGCGCCGGACCAGUCACCCGGCGCCGCAGUUCGGGGGCCGCUCGCGGACCGUCAGUGCACACUCGCAGAAGCGCGGCCACGGACUCGCGCACGGGGACGCUUCCGCCUACGGCGCGGUGGCCCCGGCGUACGAGCCCCUGCCGGCGUGGCAGCAGGCGUCGGUGGCGGCGCCGCCCCCCGCGCCCUUCCUGCCGCCGCCCCCCGCCUCGCACACGCCGCCGCCGCGCCCCGGCAGCGUGGGCCCCGCCAGCGGUGGCAUAACGAGCAGGUCGAAAUACAAAGUAGACCCGUCGGUGCAAUCGGCGCCUCUCUACAACCAAUACAACUUCGGCAACCAGCAACCGUUGCCCUACGGCUUAGCGGGAGGGUACAACAGCCCCUUGCCUGACCAGUAUAGCUCAGCCAGCGUACCCAACAGUGGAUUUGCGCCCAUCAAUCCGCUUAACUCUGCGUCUAUGAACCCGCUGAACCCUGUUAACCCAGCACCUAUUAACCAGCAGACUAUGAACGGGGGGUACUACACCCCCGCGGCUCCGAUAGAAGCCCCCGCACCCCCACCGGCCGCCAAGGCCGCGGCCCCCGGCUGGAACGACCCGCCCGUGCCGAACGCCAAGCCCAAGCCUAAACCAGAAGUGCAAGCUCAAGCGCCAAUCACGCAUCCGUUAUUCGGCAUGGAGCCACCGCAGCAUGUCCCGCUGAACUCCGCAGCGUCCUAUCAACAGCAAUAUCCGGGACAGCAAUAUCCAGGUCAACAACAAUAUCCGGGACAACAACAAUAUCCGGGACAACAGUAUUCGGAACAACAACAGCAGUAUCAACAUUAUCCGCAGACUAUGACACAGGGAUACCCACAGCAGCCCGACAGCCCGCCGCCGGCGGAGCCCUUGCCGGUGCAGAAGGCGCCCAUCCCCGAGCCCCACGUCGCGCUGCAGACCACGCUGGACGCGCUGCGCGCCGACUGCUCCGCCAGGGCCACGAACCCGCAAAUGAAGAGAAAACUAGAAGAUGUGCAAAAGAGAUUAGAAAAUUUGUACGAUAUGCUACGUGAAUAUAGGCUGUCGGAGACGGCGCUGUCGACGCUGCACACGUGCGUGCAGCACUCGCGCGCCGGGGACUACGACAGCGCUCUGGCGGUCGCCACGUCCCUGGCCACGGGCGCGGACUUCGCCGCCGCGGCGUCCUUCCUGCCCGGCCUCAAGGUGCUGCUUCAGCUGGCGACACAGCUGCAAGUCUACUUAAGAUAAGAAACGAAGAAAAGAGAGUUGGUAAUGGAAUUUGUUUGCUGAAAUAUUAUAAUUUCUACUCAAAUUUUGUAAAGAAAUACGAUCGCUAUUUUAAUAAAUUAAAAGGUAAACUUUCUUUAUUAUCCUGAUAUAUUGAAAUUAUUGCAGUCCUCUUUUACCCCUAAAUUAUUAUAACUAAUAAAAUCA